CCUAUUUUUUCACAUUGAGCACAAAACCCUAACGCCGCCGCCCGGGAAAAUGUCCGCCGCCGCCCGCCCCCUCGUCACCGUGCAGUCGCUGGAGAGCGAUAUGGCUACUGACGGAGGAUCAGCCAGCCUUCCACUUCCAGACGUGAUGAAGGCCGCCAUCCGCCCCGACAUCGUGAGCUUCGUGCACGGUCAAAUCUCCAACAACGCCCGCCAGCCCUACGCCGUCUCCAAACGCGCCGGUCACCAGACCUCCGCUGAAUCCUGGGGUACCGGCCGCGCCGUCUCCCGUAUCCCCCGUGUUGCCGGAGGUGGUACCCACCGCGCCGGGCAGGGAGCCUUCGGUAACAUGUGUCGAGGCGGAAGAAUGUUCGCCCCGACUAAGAUCUGGAGGCGCUGGCACAGAGCCGUCAAUGUCACCCAGAAGCGCCACGCUGUCGUUUCGGCGAUCGCGGCUUCUGCCGUUCCUUCACUGGUGCUUGCCCGCGGCCACAAGAUCGAAGAGGUUCCCGAAUUGCCUCUUGUCGUUUCCGAUUCUGCUGAGGCCGUCGAGAAGACUAGCUCCGCUCUGAAGAUCCUCAAGCAAAUCGGAGCCUUGGCCGAUGCUGAGAAGGCCAAGGACAGCCAAGCUAUCCGCGCUGGAAAGGGGAAAAUGCGCAAUCGCCGCUACAUUUCCAGGAAAGGUCCCCUUGUCGUCUACGGAAAUGAAGGUUCCAAACUCGUCAAGGCUUUCCGCAACAUCCCUGGUGUUGACGUGGCGCAUGUUUCGCGUCUCAAUUUGCUCAAGCUUGCUCCCGGGGGACAUCUGGGGAGGUUUAUUGUGUGGACCAAAUCUGCUUUCGAGAAGCUUGAUGAGGUUUAUGGCACCUUUGAGAAGCCCUCGGAGAAGAAGAGUGGGUAUGUGCUGCCCAGGGCUAAAAUGCUAAAUGCUGAUUUGGCUAGGAUUAUCAACUCUGAUGAGUUGCAAUCUGUGGUGAAGCCGAUCAAGAAGGAGGUGAAGAGAGCUCCGUUGAAGAAAAAUCCUCUGAAGAACCUUAAUGUCAUGUUGAAACUCAACCCGUACGCCAAGGCUGCUAAGAGAAUGGCUCUUCUGGCUGAGGCGCAGAGGCUCAAGGCCAAGCAGGAGAAGCUUGACAAGAAAAGGAAACCAAUCACAAAGGAGGAAGCUGCAUCAAUCAAGUCGGCAAGUAAGGGUUGGUACAAAACUAUGAUCUCCGAUAGCGACUACACUGAAUUUGAAAACUUCACAAAAUGGUUGGGCGUAUCUCAGUGAGGAAUUUGCAUCUUGAAACGUUUUAUUUUUUGGUUUGUACUGUUUUUGAGGUAUGACUUAGAGUUUAAAGAUAGUCACCAAGGUUUUGAAACCUGUCUUUUUUUUAAGCUUACAUGGAGAGAGUUCUUGUUUAAACCUUUAUUUACUUAAUUUUAUGUUUUCCGCCUCCA